AUGAACAUUCCAGAGAAAGAAGAGAAGGCCAUGCCUACGGUCCAGGUGGGAGUCCUUCAUUGCGAGAACGAGAAGGCGCUGAUGCGCAAGGUUGACUGGCACAUUCUGCCUGUCAUGCUCGCUGCCUACAUGCUUCAGUUCCUCGACAAGACUGCGCUAGGUUAUACUGCAAUAUUUGGCGUCCCGGAAUCAUUGAAUCUUGUUGGUGACCAGUAUUCAUGGGCCUCCAGUGCCUUUUACUUUGGAUUCCUGGUGGCGUCAUACCCGGUCUCCCUAUGCUUCGUCAAAUUUCCGAUAGGGAGAUUCCUUUCCAUUUCCUUCCUUAUCUGGGCUAUCUUCCUGGCGUGUCAUGGUGCGACAUCCAACUUCGCCAGUCUGGUGACUGUUCGCGUCCUCCUCGGGGCUCUGGAAAGUACAAUUGGCCCCGGUCUAUCUCUGGUCACCGGUCUCUGGUACAAACGGUCUGAGCAUGCCUCUAGACAUGGGAUUUGGUUUGCAGGAAACAGCAUUUCGUCUAUUUUCGGCGGACUGUUAACGUAUGGUAUCGGUCAUAUCAGCAACUCAGUCGACCCAUGGAGGUGGAUAUUCAUCAUAUUCGGCAUCGUCACCUUUGCAUAUGGAAUUGUGCUCUUCAUCUACCUACCAGACAGUCCUCGCAACGCCCGUUUCCUUUCUAAAAAGGAGGGAGAGUUUGUCCAUCAACGUGCUCAGCAGGAGACACACACCGCAGUUUCAUAUAAAUGGUCACAAAGCCAAUGUGUCGAAGCACUUGUAGACCCGAAAACCUGGCUCAUCUUCGUGUAUGCCAUGGGGUCCUGCAUCCCCAAUGGUGGCCUCACAAGCUUUGGAAGUAUUGUUAUUGCUGGGUUUGGUUACUCUACGUUUGACACUCUCCUCGUUUCAUUACCCACCUCGGUGUUCACCUUGAUAUGGGUAGUUCUGGCCACGAUUGUUACCUCCAAAGUUCCCAAAUCGCGCUGCAUUGCUGCCGCCGUUUUAUCGCUCAUCAGUCUAGCCGGCUGUCUCAUGGUCUCCCAGAUUGACCCAACCAAGAAAGUGGCCCGAUUAGCUGGAAUGUGGCUAUUCCCUGCAUAUUCUGCCGGAGUCCCUAUCAUUUUGAGUAUCAUUGCCUCUAACGUCGCCGGAUACACCAAGAGGACAACCGUGACCGCGGUGAUGUUCAUCGGAAAUUGUGCUGGUAAUAUCACAGGCCCUUUUCUCUUUUUCACUGAUGAAAUGCCGGGCUAUGAGAGUGCCUGGCUGGGGAUUAUGAUUUCACUGGCCAUUGCCUUCGUCGCUAUUCUUGCUUUGCGUCACCUACUUCAGUUCCAGAACCAACAGCGCGAUCGCCAGCAGAAUGGAAGGAUAGACCCUGAAUCCCGCAGGGUCAUUGACGCCGAGGAGGUUGUUACACUCGAUAAAGAUGAGACUGACUGGGAGAACCCAGGAUUCCGCUAUUAUUUGUAA